GCAGGAUCGGCUUGCUGUGCAGGAGGAGGGCGGCAGGCUGAUGAUUCUUUCCUCAACGCUGGCCUAAGGAAGGAGACUUGUUAUUUCCAAACUGCAAACAGUCACGCUAAGGCGGGGUGAAGUGAUGGAGUUAGCCAGAGCCAGGAAGGGAGCCCUCCUUGCGCGCACAGUGCCUGAAUGCACGCCCGCAGUCUCCACGCUGCCGGCAGGGUUAGGGCUGGAGACCAGGGCUGGGGGCUUGUUUCUAGAAGGCGCUGGGACUGCUGGGAUGACCAGGAGGUCCCUAACCCCACCCGGCACGUCGCGAGCCCCAGGAGGACAAGGAAACUUUAACCCCACGAGGGGCCGAGCACGGCCUCCACAUACCCUCGGGGCCCGGUCCGCCCCCUCCUCCCGCCCUCUCCCUCCUCUCUUCAGUCCCUCCCCCUCCUUUCCUCACGCCGGCGGCUGGAGGCAGCAGGUCCGGGCGGGGCCGUGCCGCGGAGCCCACAACCUCGAGCUCCCGCCCCGCCGCCGCGCCCCGCGGGACGAGCUGCGGAGCCCGGCUUGGGGACGAGCGGCCGCGGCACGGGGCAUGAAGUUGGGUGCGCGCGGGUCUCGGAGCGGAGGCGCGGCACAGUCUGGAGCCGCCCGGGUCUAGAGCCCGCUCGGUUCGCCAUGGAGCUCGGGGGCCCCGGGGCGCCGCCGCCGCUGCUGCUACUGCCGCUACUGCUGCUCUUAGGGGCCGGCCUCUUGCCUGCUAGCAGCCACAUAGAGACCCGGGCCCAUGCGGAGGAACGGCUCCUGAAGAGACUCUUCUCAGGCUACAACAAGUGGUCCCGGCCAGUAGCCAAUAUCUCAGAUGUGGUCCUUGUCCGCUUUGGCUUGUCCAUUGCUCAGCUCAUUGACGUGGAUGAGAAGAACCAGAUGAUGACAACAAAUGUGUGGGUGAAGCAGGAGUGGCAUGACUACAAGCUGCGCUGGGACCCUGGUGACUACGAGAAUGUUACCUCCAUCCGCAUCCCCUCCGAGCUCAUCUGGAGGCCCGACAUUGUCCUCUACAACAAUGCGGACGGGGACUUUGCAGUCACCCACCUGACCAAAGCCCACCUGUUCUAUGAUGGGCGGGUGCAGUGGACACCCCCGGCCAUCUAUAAGAGCUCCUGCAGCAUUGAUGUCACCUUCUUCCCCUUCGACCAGCAGAACUGCACCAUGAAGUUCGGGUCCUGGACCUACGACAAGGCCAAGAUUGACUUGGUGAGCAUGCACAGCCGCGUGGACCAGCUGGACUUCUGGGAAAGUGGGGAGUGGGUCAUUGUGGAUGCCGUGGGCACCUACAACACCAGGAAGUACGAAUGCUGCGCGGAGGUCUACCCUGACAUCACCUACGCCUUCAUCAUCCGCCGGCUGCCGCUGUUCUACACCAUCAACCUCAUCAUCCCGUGCCUGCUCAUCUCCUGCCUCACCGUGCUGGUCUUCUACCUUCCAUCCGAGUGCGGUGAGAAGGUCACACUGUGCAUCUCGGUGCUGCUCUCGCUCACCGUCUUCCUGCUGCUCAUCACCGAGAUCAUCCCGUCCACCUCGCUGGUCAUCCCGCUCAUCGGCGAGUACCUGCUCUUCACCAUGAUCUUUGUCACCCUCUCCAUUGUCAUCACGGUCUUCGUGCUCAACGUCCACCACCGCUCACCACGCACGCAUACCAUGCCUGCCUGGGUGCGCAGGGUCUUCCUGGACAUCGUGCCUCGCCUCCUCUUCAUGAAGCGCCCGUCCGUGGUCAAGGACAACUGCCGGAGACUUAUCGAGUCCAUGCACAAGAUGGCCAAUGCCCCCCGUUUCUGGCCAGAGCCUGAGAAUGAGCCUGGCAUCUUGAGUGACAUCUGCAACCAAGGCCUGCCACCUGCCCCGUCUUUCUGCAACCCCAUGGACACACCAGUGGAGACCCAGCCUGCAUGCAAGUCACCCUCCCACAAGGUCCCUGAUUUGCAGACAUCGGAGGUUGAGAAGUCCAGUCCCUGUCCAUCACCUGGCCCCUGUCACCCACCCAACAGUACUGGGGUGCCAAUACUCAUCAAAGCCAGGUCCCUGAGUGUCCAGCAUGUGCCCAGCUCCCAAGAAGCAGCAGAGGGUGGCAUCCGCUGCCGGUCUCGGAGUAUCCAGUACUGUGUGUCCCGAGAUGGGGCUGCCUCCCUGGCUGACAGCCAGCCAACUGGCUCCCCAGCCUCCCUGAAGGCCCGUCCAUCCCAGCUUCCACCGUCAGACAAGGCUUCUCCAUGUAAAUGCACAUGCAAGGAACCAUCUCCUGUGUCCCCAGUCACUGUGCUCAAGGCCCGAGGUACCAAAGCACCUCCCCAACACCUGCCCCUGUCACCAGCCCUGACACGGGCAGUAGAGGGUGUCCAGUACAUUGCAGACCACCUCAAGGCAGAAGACACAGAUUUCUCGGUGAAAGAGGACUGGAAGUACGUGGCCAUGGUCAUUGACCGAAUCUUCCUCUGGAUGUUCAUCAUUGUCUGCCUACUGGGCACUGUGGGCCUCUUCCUGCCUCCCUGGUUGGCUGGUAUGAUCUAGGGACCUGGCAGAGGACAGGCCUGCUUGGUCCAGCUCCAGGACUCUGUAGGACCAUGCUACUUGUCAGUUAUUCCUAUCUUCCAAACCUACUGUGAGACACCUAGGAGAGAGAUGCUGCUUCUUGGGAGCUGGAAGAUGCCCCUGAUUCUAGUCAGGUCAUGGACCUGGUUGAAGAUAAAUGAGGGCUGAUACAGUUGCAGGCCGAGUCCCCCACCCCCACCCCCAUUAAAGUUUCUCCAGAGCAAGUGACAGUUAUCCCCUGGCCUACAGACAGCAUACACCCAGCUGUGUCUCAGAGAAUGACCCAGUGUUGGUCUCUGUUGUCCUAUGAGGCCACAAGAAUCCAUCCCCUUCAGCACCAAAAGCCCCCCAUCCAGUGGGAAUCAUCAGACCCAGGAAACUCCCACUGUGCCUCUGCUGGCCACCCCUCCCACCCCCACCCCCCCGUGACGGGCUCCCUCAACCCUCUAGGCUGGGCUGCUCUCUGACUCAUAGGUGGUUCUGUUUUGUUUAGAUUGAGGUGAAUUGGGAAAAAACAGAGCACUGUGCUAUGUGGGUGGGUCCUAGAACUAGAGCUAGUGCAGGCCCUCACAGCGAGACUGAAGGUGCCAUGGGAGCCCUGCAUCCACCUCAGGGUCACAGGGCUCUGUGGUGAGCACUUCCUAGGGACGAGAAAUCCCAGGAGGGCAAGAGCAUUGGGAGUCUCAGGGUUGUGAUGGUGCCAAAUCAUGUCCAGGUCCUUGGGCUGUCGUCCCCUCAUGGAUCUUUCUUAAUAUCUCUGUAUGUUUCUGUAUACCUCUCUGGGAUUAAAAGACUGAAGGUAAGACUUCUCAUCAUAGUCUUGUGCUGAGGCCACAGUCCCCACCCCAGCACAUCUUGUAUAAGGACCAGGAACUCUCUAGUCCAGCGGGAGUGAUGGGCAGCCCUGCAAUGUUGUAGAAUAGGGUGAGCUGCCAGGAGGCUUCUAAGCAAAACUGGUCCCCUGACUCAUUGUCUGAGGGCCACAAACCAUGGGUUAAGGGUGCCUCACCCCAUCUGCCUUGCAGUUAGGUUGUAAGGAGCACCAGGCAACCUGGAGAUACCCAGUGGGGGCGUGGGGAGAAGAACAUGCUGUGUCCACCGCUGUGAGAUUCUACUGGGUAAAGGGCAGAACAUGGGAGACACCUAAGAAGUCAUCCCGUGUUGUGGUCCCAGUUGUCUCUUCGCUGUCCCCACCAGCCAGGUGGGUUUGGAAGAGCUGGGCCCUGUACCCUCAGCCAGCUUGUCCUAGGCCAUGAGCUGAGGUCCCUGUUUGGGUAGCCCUGGGGACUGUAGAAAUGAAGGAAGAACUUAAUGAAGUCUGGAACCAACACACCAAGCUUCCAGUCGGUACAGCCGCCACCUCCAUGGUACAAAUUUCCCAUCCCAGCUGAAUGAGGAUGUCAGGAAGGAGGUGCGCCAAAGGGCCAGCAUUGUCUUUACCUGACUUCCUGCAGGCAAACCACCAUUAAACAUAGAGCUGCUGGGCAUCCCAGGGUACUGGUGGGAAAGGAACUGAGCUGAAGCCCCAGUACAGUACUGGAGGGGAAACAGAGGCUUGGGUUCUGAACCCUGGAUGUUCCAGGUCUUCCCUAGAGUUCUAAGGGCAUCAAGGACCCCGUCUGCCAUGUUUCAGUCUACCCUCCACUAUCUGACUGGGUCACCAGCACUGACAAUGGAGCUCUAUCCUUGUUGCAAGAUAACCCUGGUGGGGAGAUUUGUGCCAGAACCUGGGAGCCAGGUGGAACGCAGGCCUCAGUGAGGAAGGCAGCAGAUACACCUGUCAGAUGUGAGUUCUACCAUCAUGUUGCAUACAUGGCUCCAACCACAAGAUGUGCAGACAACAGUAGAGAUCAGGGCAAGGCCCCAGUGAUGCACUGAACGAGGCUGCUGUGCUGUGCUCUUCUGGAUCAGAAAAAGUGAGUGGCUGGGAUGCCCCUGACAGGCCAUCCCCACGCCCACCCGGAAGCCAGAAAAGGAAAAUAAAGCACUGUGUUUUCCCCAU